GUGACGACGCAACUUCCCCUCGAGAUCGAUGAAGUUAUUCACAUCUUAAUGGUUUGUGUGUUGCGGCCCAAAGAUUUACAAGCGUUUACAUCCGAGCUUCAGAGGUUUGACCCUGAAGGAUUCUCCUGAAAUAUCACGUGGGAGCCCAAACCCACAACAAUGACGGAAGAAGCUUGGUACAGAGAAAAGAAAGCGGAACGUAUCCUGUUGAUUGCUACUCUUCUCAUAUUCAUAAAUCAUUUCACACCGUCUGAGGUAAUGAGGAAGAAAAAGGACUUUGCUCCCCAGCGUUCCACGCCGUGCGCCAGUCUCGUGAUGCUGCCCAAGUGUCGCCGAUUGUCACAGAAGACAGGACGUCUCGCCGAGCUUCAGGUGGUAAAGCUUUUUGCUCAUGGACUGGAGGAGCAGGCUGAGACGCACCCGGUCACUGAGCGCGGGCCCCUCGUUCUUUGACCGGUUCGCCAGCAAAGAGGCGGCUCCGCCGGACAAGAUCAUGUCUGUGUCCCAGCUGGUUGCCAGGUAUCAAACUACAGAGAAAGAAAGCACGUCCAUUCGCGACGCCCCUGUAAAUGAUGGCAACGCAAAGCCCAAGCAGGUCUUAAAAGAGCCUGCUCCGUCGCUCCGGGAGAGUAAAGAGACUCGUCGGGGGUCUCUGAUGAAGAGAAAUGACACGAGGGGACGGGACAAAAGCGGUCUGACCCGCAGCAAGUCCAUGGGGAGCCUUCAAAGCGGCGCUCGUUCCAUCGGGGCCCUGAAGGCUCUGUUUGAGGCCCCGCAAAGCAAGACGAGCUCCUCGUCACCGGACAAGGCGGCAGAUGUCAUGCCAGCAGAGAAGGGAGAGGCUAAGGAGGGGAAGAGCUCUGCUGAGGAACCGAAGAUCCAAAUUCCUCCAGACUCCACGGCUGAUGCUGCCAAAACGCAUGCAAAGGGUGACGUGACUCGGAGGGUGGUGAAACCGAGACGGGUGGAGAGGAGAAAAACAAUAGGGGGUAUUGAUUUUGAAACAAUCGCGGCCUCUCAGGCUGAUGAAAAGAGGAAGUCAAUUGCAGAUUUCAAAGACAGCUCCUUCAACCCAACCAAGGAGAAACUGUGUGUCUCGGUGAAAGCUAUGUCCGCUCUCUACCUGUCAAAGGUGGCCCCUCUGGACUCAACGCGCAGCCUUUCGGUACCGGCACAAGUGCAGUCAGCUGAAUCUGGGAAAAUAAUCAAGCCAACGAAGAUGGCCGAAGAAUCCCAACCAAGGGCAGGUGAUCUCCCUGGAACUCCCUCGUCCAGUCAUAAGCCAGAACCAGUAGACACCUCGGGAGCACAUUCCCGACCGCCCGCGCCGUCCCAGCUUUCCAAAGAAAAGCUGCGCCAACAGCGGCAGAAAUGUGAGCUUAGAAGGCUGCUGAAGCACACUCACCCAGAGCUGAAGAUGUCAGAUGCAGCUGUGGACGAGGAGCUCGCUGAGGUUCUGAGCUCGGAGACCGGGGAGGCAGCUGGCGAAACUGGAUACGAGGGAGAGGUCCUUUCAAGAUGCUUGAUAUUUGAGAACUGUGCCCCGAGUAACAAAGUAUAUCCUUCCGCCCCCAUGAUACACAAGGUGAUGGGCAAAGUGGAAAGACACGAUGGCAGUAAAACAUCAGCUGUUUUCGAGGAGCAGGAAGAGCGGCCACGUGAUGACGGUGAUGAAGGGAUCGUGGAGGAUGACACAAGGCUGGGGUCUAGUCCAGAUCCUAAAAAAGAUGGUGAGGAGGACGUGAUGAGAAUAGAUGUUCAGGCCACCAAAAAGAUAUUUGAGAAUCAAUAUGUGGACAUGUCCCCCUUACGCCCAGAUAAUAAGUUCCAACUGUGUGACAAAUAUAACGUACACAACAAAAACAAAAGCAAUGCGUGUACCAAAAGUCUGGAUUUGACAAAUCCGCCCAAUAAACAGGGCCCAUGUGUCCAUAUUGUUGGUCAAGACUGUGACCCUGAGGUUUCUACUAGGGAAACGGUCUUUGAGAAUGAGCCCACAAGCCCUUUAGAUCCAGAAGAACCCGAGGAAAAAAUCGAAACAAGUGCAGCUCUUCUCCAAAACAACCCGUUUAUCCCAACAAACAUAGAAAGAGAGCAUCCUUUUAUGCAAACAUCCAAAUCACAGAGCCCAGCGGGAGACAGUGGGGCGGCUCAGGACUAUCUGAUAACUAAUGUCAAGGACAGAACCCACUUGUUUGAAUCAAUGCCGUUUGACAAAAUUGGACACCAGAGCAAGGACGACAUUGAGACGAUGGUGGAGAACAUGAAGGAAACACUUAAUACCCUCUACCAUGGCAAUUGCAUACAUUCAGACGGCUCAAUCAUUGAGGUAUAUGAGACAAUGAUAGCUAAAAAGGCCAAAUUCACACUAUCAGAGGGGGGGCCGGAGAUCGGAUAUGACGAGGUGGCUGAAGGUGGUGCACAAAACUUCAUACUCCAGUUGCUUCCACGUGCAAACCUGAAGGCCCACAUCACCUACGUAAAGGAAGCUAGCGAAGGAAGCAUGGUGGCCACAGUAGUGAGUGUGCCCGUACGUUCCACCACCAACCAAGACACAGAGUUUAAAACUGCCAAUGUGGUUCAGCUCGUUGAGGACAUUCUCAAUCAAGAUAACUCUCUGCAGAAGGGAAUGGUCCUGCAGGAGGAUGGGAACAGAUGUCCCGAAGUCAUUGUUUACUCCCUCUACAAUUAUUUUGAUAAGGAAGAUGUGAAAACAUAUUGUCCUCCACAAGGUGCAGAGUAUGAUGAACCAGAGCCGGAAAGAGGGGAAGUAAGAAACACAGAAAAUAAAGAACAAAGAAAGGGGCUCGUUAAAUCAACCAUAAGCUGCCUUCUAGAAUCUCCCAAAGAUCAAACGUAUCAUGAAUCCAUACGGCCAGAAAGCACAGAAAAGGGCAAUGUAAAACUCUUUAAGGGUUGUAUUGAAAAAGGAGAUUUGGAGUAUUUGAAAACUCUACAGGCUGAGCCAACAGAAGAAGAACAAGAACUCCCUCCAAAACAAAAUGUUUCUGGAGAAGUAAUAGAGCUUCAUCAUGAACUGGGAGGUGAUCACGCAGAGGAAGAUUCACAGUGGGUCCCAGUGGAUGUCAAGAGGCUGAGAAACAUAUUCUCUGGAGAUCAAAGACCAACCCAACCAAAGCAAAAUGCAUGGGAAAGCUGUCCCAAAUCCACCACCAUUACCUGUGCAUUCCUCCAGUCCUCCACAGAAUGCAUUCACCAGGAAGUAAAGAAUAGCUUUAGACAGUGUGAUGGCAAAACACAAGAAGUAGCACCGAAGGGAUCGUAUCUGCGUCUGGAGACUCAGGACGAUGGGGGGGUACACCAGGCCAACCCUGUUGUGGUAGACGACAAGGACGGAAUUUCUAACCUCCAAACUGCAAUACAUAGCCUCCAACAGGCCCCAAUAGAGGCUAAAUCAGAUUUUAAACAAACAGAAGCGGAGUUAUACCAAAACAAUAAGCCACCAGGGAACAAACUCCCAUCAACCUCCAAAAUUACCGUAGAACAUAAAUCCGACAACCAACAUGAGACGACGGAGGGAGACACUAAUUCUGAAGAAGUAGGAACUACUGAGACACGGAGCAAAGUGGGUCAAAGAGGCACAGAAGUGGUCCAGAAACAGCCCUUUCAAGCUGCUACGGCGUCUGUACACAGUCCAGAAACACCUGCUGCACAGCAAGAGGAUGAGGAGGUUGUUUUUCAGGGUAAACUUCAAGCAGCUUUGGAUUCCCUGGAGAAAUCCAACAUCAAUGUCAGCAGAGGAGAUUUCAGAGCAGCGAUGAUUUACAGAAACACAUCCAAACCUCAGAAAGAAAGAUCAGAAAAUGUGGCUGCAGCGUGUGUUGAAAAGCCUACUAAGGAGGAGUUUUGCCAUGCGACUGAACCUAAAUCAAGUCAAGCGCCACUGAGACAACAGUUCUCAGGGGAACAACUGUCUGCGGCCAAUGCAGAGCCCCCAAGACAGAGUGAAAACCUAAAUAAACUGGCCACCAGUGCCGUCGCUGAGAAAAUCAGACGGCCCGUUGGUCCAAAGCCUGCCGUCCCACCGAAGCCGGAGCACUUGAAAGCGAAACCAAGAGACGCUCGACCAGCCAACACGAAGAAUCCAGAGGAAACCCAAACUAAUCCUGUGAGACCCGAGGACACGGUUCCUCAACCACUGGCGAUGACAUCCAUGUCGCAUCGGGACGAAGAUAAACGAAGCUCGUUCAAAACGAACGCUGGUGCAGACUCGGGGCCCGAGGUAGCGGAUCAUCAAAGAAACAGACUUUUUGAUGAAGCUAUGCAUAAAUCCGAGGGAAUUGAAGCCCAUGGUUCAGUUGUUAUCUUAGUAAGUGAUAAUGAUAAUCAGAACAUUGAGCUACAGCAGGAGAGAAAUGUCAAAGCAGAAGAGAAAAGCCCCCAGGAAGAAAACAUGAAUGAAACAGAUGAAAGCCAUGUAGAUUUUAAUGGAGCGUGUAAGAAAUUUGGAGGUAAAAAGGAAUUUUCGGCAAAGAUUACUCCUGUAAAGCCCAAAAGAGGUAAAAUUGCUCAGCUUCACAACAAAACCCCCAAAAAUACGUCUGGAGAGAACUCCUUAUUUCUUGGAUAUGUGGGUGAGGAACCUCAACACACUCUAACUGGUCCAUCCGGCAAUGACCCCAAAACCUUUAGACAAACCUCUGACAGCAAUGAAACAAAGAAAAUCAUGCAGGCAAGCAAAGUUGAAAUGAGGGAAAAGAAAGUGAGACCGGAGACAGAGGGCGAACGCCGCCAGCGGCUGUCGGUUCACAUGGAUGAAAUCAUGCGAGGGAACGCCACCGCCGCCAUGGAGAUCGCCGACAACUUGCGAAAGCAGGAGGAACUGCACAGCCUUCUCAGUAGGGUUGAAGAAAUCGAACGGGACACCAGCGAGGUGGACGUCAGGUCUCUGAGGGGAAUCUUUGAGAACGUUCCCGACUGGGUUGUCAGCUCUGACAACAACAAACCAACAGAGGAGAAGCAGGGAGGGCGGUUACCAUUGGAGAAACACAGCCCCGAAAGCAGGUCUUCAAUGGAACAUGUUUUUGGAGAUCUCGAGCGAGCCAGUGAGGAAAUCAUGACUCUAAAAGAACAGACUUUAGCCAGACUGGUGGACAUAGAGGAAGCGAUAAAGAAGGCUCUUUAUUCGGUCUCCACCUUGAAAUCAGACUCGGACAUCGCCGGCUUGUCGUGCCUGUUUAAGGAGUCUCUAGGCAACCAGCAAGGAGGCCCACUCACUGGCGGCAUUAGCAAGAUCAGCAUCGGGUCCAGCAGAAUAAAACCAUCGCAGACACGUGGGAGCGCCGCGGCGCCGGGGAGCACAGCUCCGCCCGUUAGCCAGGCGGCAAAGCAACGUGCAAGUCCUCCCUCCUCACCCGCCUUCAUCUCCAUCCAGUCGGCUGCCAGGAAGACCGAUACGUCCGAGCCGUUCCCACCGGAGACCCCAAUCUGCCCGCCGUGUCAGAGCAGCCCGAAAGCAGAGGAGAACUUUCGGACAACUAAAACCCUGAUGUGCAACAGUCCGGCUCAAAACCGAAAAGGGGAGCCCCGAAAAGGAGGGAUAAAGAAGUCCGAUUCCGCCCCCAAAAGAGAGCUCAGUGUUCUCGAGGUGCAGACCGACCGUGAGGGAAAGAGUAUUUUGGGCAGCAAAACCGUCCCAGAGAUCUACGAGAGGAAUCGUCAUUUGGAAAAGGGCCUUUGUUCUUCCAAAACUUCCGCUUUUGUGCCCGGUCAGCCGGAGGCUCCAACAUCCGCGGGUCAGGCAGCGGUCGGUCCGGCUUGUCACCAGAUCACUGAUCAGAAACCCUAAACCGCUCACGCAGUGAGCAAAGUGUUCUCAUACAUUGUUUAACAAGGUUCUUUUGUACAUGAGUUACUUGAAAAGAUUUAAAGUUGGUUAUGAUCGCCUGUUUGUUGAUUUCUUCUUACAGUUGAGGGUUUAUUCGUUGUUUAGGUUCUUUAAAACCGUUUUGUGUUUUUGGUUUACAUUCUGCGUUAUUGUUUGUUUGUUGAUGCUUAUUAUACUGUUUGCUAUUUUAA